UACGGUUCGACGGUUCGGUUCGGUUCGGAUAAAGACAGACGGACUAGACGGAACAGUAACCUGAGCCGAACGGGCCCUCGCCACACACCGCCCGCCCCUUCGACGCCCCUUCGACCCGAACGGGCCCCUUGGGCUGUUUCAUGUAUAGUUCCGGGUGUUAUGUAAGGAAGGAGGGAGUUCGGGAAUAAGUAUGUAUUGCCAAGACGUGAUGUGCGGCGGGUGGGUGCUGGGUGGGUGGUAGAUAUAAAGGGGGGCCGGGGCAUGCUAGUGAUUGAUGACUUUGUAUUUUUUCUUCAUUCUUUCUUCAUUUUUUUCUGCUGGCAUAAUACCUGUCUGUUGUCUGUGGGGGUGAGGUUGGCCUGCCUGGUGUACGACCUGAUGUACACGAGGUGUGGGUGGGUGGGUAUUGGCAUUUUAACCGAUGAACACAAGGAAGGGAACAAACGAAACGAAACGAACGUUUCAACUAUUUAAAGACGGAUGACACCACUGUCUGUGUACACCGGGCGAUGGAUGGAUGGAUGGAUGGAUGAUCAACCGUUGAUUCACGGCGGGACGAAGAACUACACCGACCAACCGGGACCGUACAACUG